AUGUCGUCCACCUUCCUCUCCAACAACUCGAUCGUUUCCACCUACAAUGGCACCUCCAACCCCACCGGACCUCAGUCUUCCGACGAACCCCUCUUCGCACCCAUCUCCAACUCCUCUAACCCAAACCCUUCGCGUGUCUGCUAUUUUUUCGACUCGGACAUCGGCAACUACCACUACGGGCCCGGUCAUCCCAUGAAACCCACGCGCAUCCGGAUGUGCCACUCGCUCGUCAUGAACUACGGCCUCUACAAGCGCAUGGAGAUCUUCCGAGCCAAACCCGCGACGAAGCGAGAGAUGUCGCAGUUCCACACCGACGAGUACGUCGAAUUCCUCAACCGCGUCACUCCGGACAACGUCGAUUCGUUCGUUCGAGAGCAGUCCAAGUUCAACGUUGGUGACGAUUGUCCCGUGUUCGAUGGGUUGUUCGAGUACUGCUCUAUCUCAGCUGGUGGGUCGAUGGAAGGUGCGGCUAGGUUGAGCAGAGACAAGUGCGACAUCGCCAUCAACUGGGCGGGUGGAUUGCAUCACGCCAAGAAGGGUGAAGCUAGCGGAUUUUGCUAUAUCAACGAUAUCGUUUUGGGUAUCCUCGAGUUGCUAAGGUACCACCCGCGUGUACUGUACAUCGAUAUCGACGUGCAUCAUGGAGACGGAGUGGAGGAAGCCUUCUACACAACGGACCGCGUCAUGACCUGUUCCUUCCACAAGUACGGAGAAUUCUUCCCCGGAACAGGCGAACUGCGAGACAUCGGUAUCGGCAAAGGCAAGAUGUACUCGUGCAACUUCCCCCUCCGCGACGGCAUCACCGACGAAAGCUACAAGACCGUCUUCGAGCCGGUCAUCUCCCAGAUCAUGGAGCACUACCAACCCUCGGCCGUCGUGCUCCAGUGCGGCAGCGAUUCGCUUGCGGGCGACAAGCUCGGCUGCUUCAACCUUUCGAUGCGCGGGCACGCCAACUGCGUAGAGUACGUGAAAUCCUUCGGUCUGCCGCUGCUGCUGCUGGGAGGUGGUGGGUAUACGAUGCGCAACGUCUCGCGCGCAUGGGCGUUCGAAACCGGCCUGGCGGCGGGUCAGGAGCUCAACCCGCAGAUCCCCGUCAACGAGUACUACGAAUACUUUGGCCCCGACUACCGGCUGGAUGUGCGACCGAACAACAUGGAGGACCUCAACACGCGCGAGUACCUGGAGAAGAUCAAGAUCCAAGUAUUCGAGAACCUGCGGCAGACGGCCCACGCCCCUUCGGUGCAGGGUCAUGUGGAACCGAGGAGCAUCAUCGAACAGAUGCACCUCGAGAACGUCAACGGCGAAGAGGAGGACGAGAGGAUGGAGCUGGGCGACAAGAACGGCCUGCAGGUGCUGGAGGACAAGUUCCCGGACGAGCGGGUGGUGGAACGACGAGAGUUCCAGGAUCACUCGAGGAGAGGAGACGACGAGCUGGAUAGGGAGGGAAGGGUGAACGUGGGGAGGGUGGAAGAGGAAUCGGGAGCCGGGGAGAGGAGAGUUGCGAUUGGAGAGGCGAAGAACCCCACCGCGGAUGCUGAGGAGGACGCGAUAGAUGAAAAGAUCGAGGCGGAUGCCGUGGCGAAACAGGAGGCGAAGAAGCAGGAGGCGAAAGCGGAAGAGGUGCAGGUGGAAACGCAGCAGGCCAAGACGGAAGAGCCAAUUGAGGCGGAUGAUGCUGUUGCUCCCGCUGCGGACGCCGCUCCUGCAGCAAGCGAAACCGCGACACCAGCCGUCGUCGAACCUCCUGCAUCCACAACCGCUGCGUCGACACAGUCCGAUGCUGCAGCAGCAGCAGCUACCGCCACCGACGCAUCCACCGCUCCCACCGCCGACCCAUCACAACCCUCGGCAACGACCGCCGACACCGCCGAAUCCACCAGCAUGGACAUCGAUUCAUAA